UGAGGUGUUAGGGACUAUGCUGCUGCUAGUAGCUCUGUGCCUGGUCUGUACUUAUAAAACCACCUCCAAUACAAACAGUAACCAGGACGCAAACUACAAACCACAGCUUGACUAUGGCAGCCUGGCACUGCCCCAGCAGCAUAUUCCAUUCUAUCUACACAACAACAAACUUGUGGCCAAACUCUGCAAAGAGGACCCACUUUGCCCUUUUAAGGAUGCUCUGCUGCACAGGAAGGCCUGCUGGGGCUAUGAAAGGAAUUGCUCCCCAGAGCACAGGUUCAGCUAUCCUGUGUGUACCAGACUUGAUUCGGGAUGGGCUAGUUCUAUUCAGACUGCCCAGGAAUUGUUCUGGAAGCAGGCAGAUUUUGGCUAUGUGAGGGAGCAACUCAAUGAAAUGAAGACGUUGUGCAAGCCACUGAGUCCUGGGGAUUCUUCUCUGAAGUGCACAAGUCUUAUGCGGUUCUGCAGGGCCACAAACCUUUACCUGGACUUGAGGAAUCCCCGCAGAGGUCAUGAGAGGUAUAAAGAGGAUUUCUUUAAAGAGGGUGAGAUUGGUGGUCACUGCAGCAUUAAUAGUCAAGCACUAGCCUCAGAAGGAACACACAAAAGUCCUCUUCAGUCUUGGUUUGCUGAAUUGCAGACAUACUCCAAGCUUGACUUUCUCCCCUCAGAUGACGGGCAUUGUGAUGUCAUAAUCAAUAGACCCACUGUCUUCAUGAAGCUGGAUGCAGGAGUUAACAUGUAUCAUCAUUUCUGUGACUUUGUUAAUCUAUACAUCUCCCAACACAUCAACAAUUCCUUCAGCCGUGACAUAAACAUCGUCAUGUGGGACACGAGUGUGUUUGGAUAUGGAGACUUGUUCAGUGAAACGUGGCAAGUUUUCUCGGAUUAUGACAUCAUCCACCUCAAACAUUUUGACUCUAAAAGGGUGUGUUUUAGAGACGCAUUUUUCUCUCUCCUUCCGAGAAUGCGAUAUGGCCUUUUCUACAACACCCCUCUUAUCUCUGACUGCCACAGUGAGGGGAUGUUCAGGGCAUUUUCCCAGCAUGUCCUUUAUCGACUCAAUGUCCCACAAGAGGGACCAAAGGAAGGCCAAGUUCGUGUCACACUGUUGGCUAGAAGCACUGAGUACCGUAAGAUAAUAAACCAGCUGGAGCUUAUAAAUGCCCUGAAGACAGUGCCUUUAUUUGAGGUCAAACUGGUGGAUUACAAAUUCAAAGAGAUGUCAUUUCUGGAGCAGAUCCACAUCACACACAACUCUGAUAUCUUUAUUGGGAUGCAUGGAGCCGGACUGACCCACCUCCUCUUCCUUCCCGACUGGUCCGUCAUAUUUGAAUUGUACAACUGUCAAGAUGAGAGCUGCUACCGUGAUCUGGCCCGACUGAGGGGAGUCCAUUACAUGACUUGGCAGAAAAAGGACAAAGUGUUCCCCCAGGAUAAGGGUCAUCACCCUACUCUUGGAGAACAUCCAAAGUUUACCAACUACUCUUUUGAAUUAGAGGAGUUCAUGCGGUUAGUCCUGCUUGCGGCUGGACAUGUGACCCGGCACCCACAGUGGCGAGCAAAACAAGCCAGAGAUGAACUGUAGGCUAUAAGCCAGCAGAGCACACACAGAUUAACCCUCCUCUCCUAAAAAUUUAGCUAUGCUUUACCUACAAAUGUGUUUGAUAUGUGAGUGCACAUUUUAAAAUAAGAAAGAAAAAAAACCCCUGUGUUUUAUACAUUUAGUUUGCACUGUUACUGAUGGACCCUUUUCACACGUCCGCUUUCACCAAGUGGAAGUCGUCAUAGUUGGCUAAACUUGAAUGGCGGUGAAUGGGGGGCCACAGCACAUUACAAUUUUUCUUACCCAUUUGCUCCAACAGCAAAAUAAAAAAAUUAGUGAUUACACAUUCACAGCUUCGCAAAGAAGAUAAAAAAUAUAAAGUGCUGGAUAAUAGCUGUAAGAAGAAAGAAACAGGCCAAAUUUUCUGUCACUCCCUCAACAGCUGUGUUAAGCCUCGUCGCCACUAUGGUAACUGAUUUUUUUUAAAUGUAAUCCAGAUUACUAUAAUAUAAAAAAUACAAUGUUAUAAAUUUACACUAAAUACUUUUAAAAUUGGAAAUGUAAACAUAUUUUCUACUUUUAAGUUGUUAAAGAAGGUGGAAACACGUCAAAGCAGGUCUGUGAAAAGGAUCCAUUCUCUUGCUGUUAAUGUCUGCACCUGGAGUUACUGAGUAGCUCACUGAAAAGUGCACACCUUACACCUUAAUUGGCAGGUAUAUUAGUUAUAUGAAUUAUAAAUUUGGGGUGUUUUACUAUACCUCGCUUUUUUUUUCGUUGCAAAGUUACACUUUUAUAGCUGAUUUUAGUGCAGUUUUAUAAUUUGCUUACAUUUGUUUAUGGUUAUCAUUUCAAUAUGAGAAUCAUGUUCAAGGUCAACAGAUCAUUUCAACCUUGGAAGACAUAUUUUUGGGUACUGAACUGCUUUUGAGUUUGUGCAAAAUGUUGCCCAAAAUUAGGCUAGGACUCUUUGUGACUGUUUAUUGUGUGGUUGAUUGCAUUGUUUGUAUAACACUCAAGCCACAUUUAAAGCAACUUUUUAUAUUGCUUUUAAUUAUUAAUGGAGAUGACCUAAGUUUCAUAUUUAUUACAAUGUCUGUUACUGUUUCAUUUGUAGCCAGUGAAAUUUUUGUAAAGAAAACUAUGUUGAGGGAUCCAUGAAUCCAAUCCUGUUGCACUCAUUGAGGUAUUCCCUCAGUAUUUUUUUUUAUGAGUAUUUUGAUUCUCAGACACUAAAAACUGAUAUUUUUUUGUUAAUUUUUAAGUUCUUUUUUUGUUUUGUUUUUUUUGUUUAGGUAAAUAUAUUUAAGGAUUUCCUAUUAUAUUUUAAAGAAUAUAAUUUAAUUUGGGUUUUUGAUCAUUUUGCAUUUUUAAGCAUUUAGAAAUUGAAAUGAAGCUUUUUAAAAUAUUUGAAGAGGUCUCAUUAUUAUACCAUUCUCACAUACAUGUACAAAAUAAAAAUGUAUUUAUGGAAUUUACAUAACUGGCGACCUGUCCAGGGUGUCCCCCGCCUUUCGCCCAAUGUUA